AGGCGGCGGUUCCCGGUGCCCGCGCGGGCCGUCCAAGCCCUCCGAUCCGCGACCGCCGGCCCGCGGAGCCUCGUCCCGCCCCCCGCCCCACCCCGCCCCGGGCAGCCCCGGGCAGCCCCGCGCCCCUGCCCUAUGUCCCGCAAGGCGAGCGAGAAUGUGGAGUACACGCUGCGGAGCCUGAGCAGCCUGAUGGGCGAGCGGCGCAGGAAGCAGCAGGAGCCGGACGCGGCGAGCGCGGCCGGGGAGCGCAGCCUGCUGGCGGCCGCCGAGUCGAGCGCCAGCCUGCAGAGCGCGGGCGCGGGCGGCGGCGGCGUCGGGGACCUGGAGCGCGCGGCGCGGCGCCAGUUCCAGCAGGACGAGACCCCCGCCUUCGUGUACGUGGUGGCGGUCUUCUCGGCGCUGGGCGGCUUCCUGUUCGGCUACGACACCGGCGUGGUGUCGGGGGCCAUGCUGCUGCUCAAGCGGCGGCUCAGCCUGGACGCGCUGUGGCAGGAGCUGCUGGUGUCGGGCACGGUGGGGGCGGCCGCCGUCUCGGCGCUGGCCGGCGGGGCCCUCAACGGCGUCUUCGGCCGCCGCGCCGCCAUCCUGCUGGCCAGUGCCCUCUUCACCGCCGGCUCCGCCGUGCUGGCCGCGGCGGACCACAAGGAGACGCUGCUCGCCGGCCGCCUGGUUGUGGGGCUCGGCAUCGGCAUUGCUUCUAUGACGGUGCCAGUGUACAUUGCUGAGGUCUCACCCCCCAAUUUAAGAGGUCGAUUAGUCACCAUUAAUACCCUUUUCAUCACGGGAGGGCAGUUCUUUGCAAGUGUUGUUGAUGGAGCCUUCAGUUAUCUCCAGAAAGAUGGAUGGAGGUACAUGCUGGGACUUGCAGCAAUUCCAGCAGUUAUACAGUUUUUUGGCUUUCUCUUUUUACCUGAAAGCCCUCGAUGGCUUAUUCAGAAAGGACAGACUCAGAAGGCCCGUAGAAUUUUAUCUCAGAUGCGUGGUAACCAGACCAUUGAUGAGGAGUAUGAUAGCAUCAAAAACAACAUUGAAGAAGAAGAAAAAGAGGUUGGCUCAGCUGGACCUGUGAUCUGCAGAAUGCUGAGUUAUCCCCCAACUCGCCGAGCUUUAAUUGUGGGUUGUGGCCUACAAAUGUUCCAACAGCUCUCAGGCAUUAACACCAUCAUGUACUACAGUGCAACCAUUCUGCAGAUGUCUGGUGUUGAAGAUGAUAGACUUGCAAUAUGGCUGGCUUCAGUUACAGCCUUCACAAAUUUCAUUUUCACACUUGUGGGUGUCUGGCUUGUUGAGAAAGUGGGCCGCAGAAAGCUUACGUUUGGUAGUUUAGCAGGUACCACUGUAGCACUCAUUAUUCUUGCUUUGGGAUUUCUGCUAUCAGCCCAGGUUUCUCCACCCAUCACUUUUAAUCCAAUAACUCCUUUAGGUCAGAACACUACUUGCACAAGAUACAGUUACUGUAAUGAAUGUAUGUUGGAUCCAGACUGUGGUUUCUGCUAUAAGAUGAAUAAAUCAACUGUUAUUGACUCCUCCUGUGUUCCAGUUAAUAAAGCAUCUACAAAUGAGGCAGCCUGGGGCAGGUGUGAAAAUGAAACCAAAUUCAAAACAGAAGAAGUAUUUUGGGCCUACAAUUUCUGCCCUACUCCAUACUCCUGGACUGCACUUCUGGGACUUAUUUUAUAUCUUGUUUUCUUCGCACCUGGAAUGGGACCAAUGCCUUGGACUGUGAAUUCUGAAAUAUAUCCCCUUUGGGCAAGAAGUACAGGAAAUGCAUGUUCAUCUGGAAUAAAUUGGAUUUUCAAUGUUCUAGUUUCACUGACAUUUUUACACACAGCAGAAUAUCUUACAUACUAUGGAGCCUUCUUCCUCUAUGCUGGAUUCGCUGCUGUGGGUCUCCUUUUCAUCUACGGCUGUCUUCCUGAGACCAAAGGGAAAAAAUUAGAGGAAAUCGAAUCCCUCUUUGACAACAGGCUGUGUACCUGUGGUGCUUCAGAUUCCGAUGAAGGGAGAUAUAUUGAAUAUAUUCGGGUGAAGGGAAGUAACUAUCAUCUUUCUGACAAUGAUGCUUCUGAUGUGGAAUAAUUGUCAGCUGCUGAUAUAUUUAGUCACUUAAACACACUUAGGAGAGACGAACAGCAAUUGAUGACCUCGCUGCCCUGCUUUUUAUCUGGUUCUUUCCACAGUUGAAUGACUUCAUAUUCUAGAAUAUUUGAUUCCAAGGAAGCGACAAUCACAAUGGCAUUUUUUUUUCACAAGCAGAGA